GAAUCGUUUGUCGAUGUAUUUUCAGUAUUUAACGGCUAUUGAGGCAUUACGGAUUCCGCUUGUUUCUGAGAUAUUUCACAACGACUGCUGCCGUGCAACUCUAUGGAAUCUAUUACAAUUUGGUAAUAAAAUCCACAUAAUAGUACAGUCGACGAAUGAGAACCACUGAUACGUUCCACAAAUACGCCACACACAGAUUUGUUAAACAUCUCAGCAUUUAGGAAAAGUUUGUCGAUUUCACUUAAAUAUUUCCUUGUAUAUUUCCAAACACAAUUAUUGAUAAUUGUUUGUUUAGUAAAAUAAAAGUGCAACAAUCGCUUUUGUAACACAGGAAAAUUGAAUGCGAGUAGUUUGUUUAAUGCUGUUCCAGAAAGCUGAAAAAUUAUCAGCACCAAAAUGUUGAAUCCCGUUUCCACUGAAGCUUUACUGUAUUCGGCAACGUACGUUGAUAAUUAUAUUGACUCUGUGGAAAAUCUUCCAGACGACGUGCAACGGCAUUUGUCCCGCAUACGUGAUAUAGAUGUCCAGUAUAGGAGCCUAUUACGUGAUGUAGAUCACUACUACGAUUUGUGGCGUUCAUUGCAAAAUAAUAAUGGCAGCGAUGCGAAUUGCACGAGGCGUGCUCGAGCCAUAGCACGUAUGCAACAGAGCCUUAUACAAGCGCAGGAAUUGGGUGAUGAAAAAAUGCAAAUAGUAAAUUUAUUACAAGAGCUUAUUGAUCACAAAACAAGACAACUUGAUACCGAUCAAAAGAAUCUAGAUAUAAAAGAGGAAAUGCAACAGCAACAGAAUAGAAUUGAACAAUUACAGCAGGCUGAUGAUAUUGGAGGUCCCACACCAGCGAAACAAGCAAGAGCUUCAAGUCCAACACGUGAUAACACAUAUUGUGCAAAUGGUGGUUUGUCGAGUGGUACAGGUGGUGGUGGCUCAACGCCAAAUUCAGAGCGUUCAAGCCAUGCUAGUAAUGGUACAAAUAUCAGUGGUACUGCCAAUGGUAGCAGCAAUGCUGGAAAUCUUAACAUAUCUGGUGUGGAUAUCCAACGUUCUGCUAGUAAACGCUCGCGAAGGCGUAAUGAGACGUUGGUUAUAAACAACAGUAAUGUCGAAUACGGAGGAAAUGAAUCUAAUUCGGCCAAUGAAGGUGGUGGCGGUAGUAAUGGAGGAAUAGGCAGUGAUAGACAGUCCGGACAGAAAGCGAUUGUCGGUAGUGGUGCAACUCAGAAAAAACAAAAUGCUCAAGCCACAGGAAGUGGAGGUGCAGUUGGAAAUACAUCCGGUGCUGGUACGAGUAGUGGCAGCAACAAUACGGGUAAGAAAAAGAAAAGAAAAACCCGAGCUGCGCAGUCUUCAGCGCAAGCGAGCGUACGAGAAGAAACGCCGCCACCAGAUCCAAUUGAUCCUGAUGAACCAACAUACUGUGUGUGCAAUCAGAUAUCUUUUGGUGAAAUGAUACUCUGCGAUAACGACCUGUGCCCCAUAGAAUGGUUCCACUUCUCUUGCGUUUCACUGGUGCUGAAACCGAAGGGCAAGUGGUUCUGUCCGAAUUGCCGAGGAGAUCGUCCAAAUGUGAUGAAACCAAAAGCUCAAUUCCUUAAAGAGCUGGAACGUUACAACAAAGAAAAAGAAGAGAAAACCUAAAUAGUUAACAUGAAAAUAUCGCAGUAACAAAGAGUGAUCAAAACUUGUUCGGAACACCUAUCGCGUUUAACUCAAAGAAGUCGAAAAGCCCAUUGCUUUACCAGUUGGUUUUAAUUUAUUUCCUUUUUUUUUUUGAAAUUUUUCUUUGAAUUUUAAUAUAAGUUUUGUCGUGUAACUGCAAGACUUCUUAUAGGUUCAAAAGCUAAAGUUAACGCAUUGCUUUCACUAAACAUACAAUAAAUUCCAAAAACGCGGGCUCGGCUCUAAGACUGCAGAUAUCACAUGUUCAGUUUCCUGUAUUGCUUAUAAUGUACAUUGUAUUAGCAUAAAUUAAUAUCUAGUUCAUAAAGGAAUAAACAUUUUAUACAUAGAAAAUGUAAAUUCAUAUAAAAAUGUCAAAUAUCAUGGAAUACCUUUUAGAUUUAAAUUAGAUAUUUUUCAAACACCCUUCGAUUGGAUUUUUAACUUAUUUUAAUUUUAAUUUUUUGUAAAUUUAUCAUAUUUAAGCAAUUCGUCAGAUACUGGCACACAAUUCGUUGUUCUAGUGAGUUAAAAACAAAACAUGAAUAUAAUAAAUUAAUUUUAAUUUUUAUUGUACUUUUAUUAGAACAAACAUUUAUAAACCUUUGACGUUGAUUUUGUUUGAAAUAAAUCUGAAGUUUCUAAAUAUUAAA